AUGAAGAAGAGCCGGGAGGACGAAAUGAACUUGGCGCCGGAGGCGGCAAUCAGCUCGCGGGGCACCACCGAGAGUCUGGCCGACCCCGACUCCGGCCUUCGCGGGGAUGUCAGUUCUUUGGGCUCCGACUCCGAGAUCAAUGGCUUCGUCAACGGGGACCAGAAGAUCGACAAGUACGGCUUCGUGGGCGGCGCGCAGUACACAGACGAGCUGCAACCUGAAAUACCCCCUGAGGUACUUCGACAACGGGAAUCCAAAUGGCUGGAUAUGUUGAACAACUGGGAUAAAUGGAUGGCCAAAAAACACAAGAAGGUGAAACUGCGGUGCCAGAAGGGAAUUCCACCUUCGCUGCGUGGGCGAGCUUGGCAGUAUUUGUCAGGGAGCAAAGUAAAAAUGGAACAGAACCAUGGGAAGUUUGAUGUGAUAGACCAGUCACCUGGAGAUCCAACAUGGCUUGAUGUAAUAGAAAGGGACCUACAUCGCCAGUUUCCUUUCCAUGAGAUGUUCAUUGCUAGAGGCGGCCAUGGGCAACAAGACCUUUAUAGAAUUCUGAAAGCGUACACAAUUUACAGACCAGAGGAGGGGUACUGUCAGGCACAGGCUCCAAUAGCUGCUGUUCUGCUAAUGCAUAUGCCUGCUGAGCAAGCUUUUUGGUGUCUGGUUCAGAUUUGUGAGAAGUACCUUCCAGGAUAUUACAGUGCUGGAUUGGAAGCGGUCCAGUUGGAUGGGGAAAUCUUCUUUGCCUUGUUGCGCAAGGUUUCACCAGUGGCAUAUAAGCACCUUAACAAGCACAAAAUUGAUCCCAUCCUCUAUAUGACGGAGUGGUUUAUGUGUGCUUUUUCAAGAACUUUGCCAUGGGCAUCUGUGCUGAGAAUUUGGGACAUGUUCUUUUGUGAAGGUGUAAAGGUGAUAUUUCGUGUUGGUCUUAUUCUCCUGAAGUACACGCUUGGCUCAUCAGACAAACUGAAGAAAUGUCAGGGCCAGUAUGAGACGAUGGAAAAGCUUCGCAGCAUUGAUCUCAGAUAUAUGCAAGAAGCCUUUCUUGUUCGAGAGGUAAUUGAUCUUCCUGUCACAGAAAGGGAAAUUGAAAAAGAACAUUUAAUUCAGUUAAAGAAAUGGAAGGACACACAUGGUGAUCUUAAGUGUCAUCCACCCCCGAGGCUACAUGGUGCCAAAGCCAUCAACGAGGCAGAACCACAUUCCCAUAAAGCCUUGGUGCAGACGCCCUCCAUUGUGAUACAAUCACCACCUGUCUCUCCAUCUUCAGAUUCAAGCAGCAAUUCAAAGAAGGACAAGAAAAGUACAAAAGAGCAAAAGAAGGAAAAGAAGAAACUGGAGAAAAAGAUGGGGAAAACAGAAUCAGUAGCAAAUGGAUCUGCUCCUGAUGAGACCAAAAGAAUUUUGAAAGACGAACAACAUGGUGCACAACCAGUAGAUAUCGCAGAGGAGAUAAAGCAAUCAAUGCUAAAAAAGGAUUCUCAACUCCAGCAGUCUGAACAGAGCCUCAGUUCAGAGGGAACCGAACAGGACACGUAUUUGUGAAGUGUAUCAUUGGUAUCUAAAGAAAGCAUCAUUCGGCAUCAAAUCAAUCCAUUAAAUGGAUCAAUUGUUAUAGUACAUUUGUACUUUGUCAUUAACAAAAUAGUCACCCUUGUGACCUAACUGUCUUUAAAUGUGAGGCGUUGGAAAAAGAAACGAGUGUCAAAGACUAGUCAUAACUAAGAACAUGAUUUCUCAGCUGGUGAUUUAGGAAAAAUCUGGUUAACAAGUUUACCUUUAGUGGGUUAUUGUUUAACUCUUAAAACUCUAAUUGAACAUUGUAAGCUGUUAAGUGUUAUUUUUAAGGGGAAAAUGUAAAUAGUUUUAUACUAUACUUUUCAGUCAGUGUAACUUGAGUGGAGAUUAUACAGUAAAGAAUUCCUCUUGGCAUUCAUUCCAAGUUAAGAUGAAUUUAUAGAACUUUAUGCCUCGAUUAUUCUUUGGUCAGAUACUGUACUACAUCCAUUUCCAUUUUGAAGAAACAAAGUUUUCCAUUAGCAAGGGAGAGACUUGUGAGCUUAGACACAAAAUGUAAAUUACAAUUAUUUGAAUUAAUUUAAUCUUAUGUCUGUGUAUGCACACAUUUGUGUUCAUGUGUAUUUGCUGAGGGGGAAGGAUUAGGAAGAGAAACUUGCCUUUUUAUGAUCAUUAAAUCAAAGUGAGUUUCUGACUGUGGUUGAAGGAUGUGUUUCCCUAACGUGUGAUUUAAAAUGUUCAAAAUGCAGGUUCACUUAUUUGUAACAUUAAUAAUGUACAGGUAAAAUAUUGAUGAACAAAGAAAAUUGUGACUGAGUUAAAAAUGCCACUUUAGUGAAUGUUUCUGUAUAAUGUUGAAUGCCAUAUGUACAGUACUGAGAAGGAUAGGUAACCACAAUGCAUAACAAAAGCAAUGUACUUUAUAAUUUAAUUUUCUAGCACUUUUUCCUUAAUUUUGAGGAAUGUAAAUUUAUGAAGCUGUUUUACAGGAAGUUUGAAAAACUGACCACAAAUAAUACAGGUGUUCGCUGCUCUUGUAUAAUCCAGCCUUUUUUUAAAAUUACCAGUGCACAAUUGAUUUGGUUAUUGUUGAUCUAUUUAAGUGCUAAUAUAAAUCUACAUGGAUCAAGCAAUUUUUUUCUGUGUGUAGAAUACAAGAACAAAGUACUGUAUUAUGUCUAAUUUUGAUUGGUGUUUCAUUGAUCUACAUUCCUUGAGUCUAUUAAAAUCACCAAAUAUAUUGAUGUUCAAACACAAGGUUAAGUCAUUUAGUUGAUGAGCUUUUUUGUUAUUUUGAAGAGUGAUAAAUUAUGUGUCAAUUUGUUUUGUGAUAUGCAACCUAUAAAGAACAUUAUUGGACCUUACUGAAUAUUGUCUGAUUCUGUGUGACCAUUAAUGUAAGCAGCACAAGCUUAACAUACCUUAUGUAUGUGCUGACCUGCAAACUGUUACAUGCAUUAAUAAGUUCAUCCAAGUGACAGCUUUAUUUUAUCUUGCUUAUGCCAUAGAUUAAUAAUUAAACCCAAUAAAAUAAUCUGGAAAGUA